ACAAAAAUAAUUGAAAAUCCGAAUAUAAUCCCAUAUAUCAUCAUCAUGAAGGUUCACACGUUUAAUGUUGUAGUCCUUUACUGUAUGCUCUUAAUAUGCACUUGUUAUUGCUUCAACCCUAAACUAUCGUUCUAUAAUUCUUCCAAAGUUGAUGCAAAUGCAGAACAAUGGCAACCAGCAUCAGCUACAUGGUAUGGACCGCCAGAUGGCGCUGGAACAGAUGGUGGUGCUUGUGGAUAUGGUAGUAGUGUGGGGAAUCCUCCACUCUCUAAAUUGGUAUCAGCUGGUGGCCCUAAUAUUUUCAACAAUGGCGAAGGAUGUGGCGCUUGUUAUGAGGUGAAAUGCACAGAAAAUGAAGCAUGCUCUGGUGAAACAGUGACAGUGAUGAUAUCAGAUCAAUGCCCUGGAUGUCCAGCCACUCAUUUCGAUCUCAGUGGCUUUGCUUUUGGUUCAUUGGCAAAACCAGGGCAGCAAGAUAAUCUUCGCAAUGCUGGACGCAUAAACCUUCAAUAUCAAAGGGUUUCAUGCUCAUUUGGGCAGCCAAUAGUAUUCACCAUAGAUAAUGGGGCAAACCAAUACUACUUUGCAACCGAAAUUGAAUAUGAAAACGGGGAAGGAAAUCUUGUGGAUGUAGAAUUGAAGCAAGCAAAUCAAGAUUCAUGGAUUCCAAUGAAACGUUUAUGGGGUGCAAGAUGGGUUCUCAACCUUGGUUCUUUAAUGCAACCUCCAUUUUCUCUUAAGCUCACUGAGACUUCUGUCAAUGGCUCCAGCAAGACCAUUGAAGCUAACAAUGUUAUCCCUGCUGGUUGGCAACCUGGCCAAGUUAUUCGAUCAGCCAUAAACUUUACUAAUUAG